GGCGAAUACAGACUCUACAGCAAAGGGCGUAUCCUCGGCCACAAGCGCGGCAAGCGCAACACCCGUCCCAACACUUCCCUUCUCCAGAUUGAGGGUGUUUCCAACAAGGAGGAGGCUCAGUUCUAUCUCGGAAAGCGUGUUGCCUACGUUUACCGCGCGAAGAAGGAGAUCCAGGGUUCCAAGGUCCGCGUCAUCUGGGGCCGCGUCACCCGCUCUCACGGCAACAGCGGUGCUGUUAAGUCAAAAUUCAGGUCAAACAUCCCACCACACGCAUUCGGUGCCUCCGUCCGCAUCAUGCUUUACCCUUCGAACAUCUGA